CAUGGCGGCCCGCAUCGGCUGUCGCACUGAACUGCUGCUCAACCUCAAAUAUCAAAGCCUAUUAACUGACAGUUUGCGUCUUUUCAGUUAGUGAUUGAAUACGUGUAUGUUUAUAAAUGGAUGCGAUGUUCACGAUGAGGUUUCAAGGCAUAAAUAUAGUUUGUUUGUUCAGGAGUGACAUGUUUGUAAAGUCAUAGAGACGAUGAAUGUGUCUCUGUUUAGAUGUCACGGGCUCUUUCUGCCCUUUAUCAAACACUGUCCUCCUUAUAUAAACAUAUCUCACACGAACAGAAGAUGUGUGAUCACACACAGACGGAUGAGAAGAGACUUCAGCACUAAAGCAUCGCAACAGGACAGUCUCGACAUGUCAAAGUUUCCGGUGGAGAGGAUCAGAAACUUCAGCAUUAUCGCUCAUAUCGAUCAUGGCAAAAGCACUUUAGCAGACAGACUGUUGGAGAUGACAGGUGCCAUCGCAACGACGGGAAAUAACAAGCAGGUGUUGGACAAGCUUCAGGUGGAGAGAGAGAGAGGGAUUACAGUUAAAGCCCAGACCGCAUCUCUCUUUUAUCAACACGAGGGGCAGACGUACCUGCUCAAUCUGAUCGACACACCCGGUCACGUUGACUUCAGUUAUGAGGUGUCACGCUCUAUAUCCGCUUGCCAAGGAGUUCUGCUUAUCGUAGAUGCAAAUCAGGGGAUUCAAGCACAAACAGUUGCUAAUUUCUACCUGGCGUUUGAGGCUCAACUAACAAUCAUCCCUGUGAUAAACAAGAUUGAUUUGAAAAAUGCAGAUCCAGAGAGAGUGGAAAAACAGAUCGAAAAGGUCUUUGACAUACCUAAAGAAGAGUGCAUCAGGAUUUCUGCCAAACUAGGCACAAAUGUGGAUCAGGUUCUUCAGGAGGUGGUGAAACGGAUUCCUCCGCCGUCCGCAGGAGUGGAUGAACCCUUUAAAGCCCUCGUCUUCGAUUCCACAUUUGAUCAUUACAGAGGGGUCGUGGCCAGCGUGGCUCUGUUUGGUGGACGUGUGUCCAGAGGGGAUAAGAUCGUCUCCGCUUAUUUGGGUAAAACAUAUGAGGUCAAUGAGCUGGGCGUCCUGAGACCCGAUGAACACCCGACAGAAACCCUGUACGCCGGUCAGGUGGGUUACGUGAUCGCAGGGAUGAAGGAGGUGAAAGAGGCUCAGAUUGGAGACACACUUUACCUUCAGAAACAACCUGUGGAGGCGCUGCCGGGCUUCAAACCAGCUAAACCCAUGGUGUUCGCAGGCAUGUAUCCUGUGGACCAAUCAGAAUACAGCGCCCUGCACAGCGCGGUGGAGAAACUGACGCUCAAUGACUCCAGUGUGAGUGUACAGAGAGACAGCAGCCUAGCACUCGGAGCCGGCUGGAGGUUGGGAUUUCUGGGUCUCCUGCACAUGGAGGUGUUUAACCAGCGGUUGGAGCAGGAGUACAACGCCUCUGUGAUCAUCACCGCUCCAACGGUCCCAUACAAAGCUGUUUUAUCAUCUGCUAAACUCAUAAAGGAACACGGUACAGAGACGAUCACCAUCAUCAACCCCGCUCAGUUCCCCGAGAGGUCGCAGGUCACAGAGUUUCUGGAGCCCAUGGUGAUGGGAACGAUCAUCGCUCCGGACGACUUCACCGGGAAGAUCAUGAGUCUGUGUCAGAGCCGCAGGGGUGUCCAGAAGAACAUGUUUUACAUCGAUGAUCAUCGGGUGAUAAUGAAGUACAUCUUCCCUCUAAAUGAGAUCGUGGUGGACUUUUACGAUCAGCUCAAGUCCAUGUCAUCGGGAUACGCCAGUUUUGAUUAUGAAGAUGCGGGUUAUGAAACGGCUGAACUGAUCAAGAUCGACUUUCUGCUCAACGGACGGCCCGUGGAGGAACUCACCACCAUCGUUCACAAAGAGAGAGCGUACAGUUCUGGUAAAGCCAUGUGUGAGCGCUUGCAGGAGUCUAUUCCUCGACAGAUGUUUGAGAUCGCAAUCCAGGCGGCCGUCGGCAGCAAAAUCAUCGCCCGAGAAACAAUCAAAGCGUACAGAAAGAACGUUCUAGCAAAAUGUUAUGGGGGAGACAUUACACGGAAAAUGAAACUGUUAAAGAAGCAGGCUGAAGGAAAGAAGAAAAUGCGUCGGAUCGGAAACAUCGACGUUCCCAAAGACGCUUUCAUCAAUGUUCUUAAACGGAAGUAGAUCCAUCAUAUAAGCCGUCCGAGGAGCUUGAUUUGCAGAACGACGUGGACUAAUAUAACUAAGUGAAAUGAUUCGGAGUACUUGAAGCAGAUUAAAGGAAUUAAUCUUGUGUUCUCCGAGAGAACAUUCACAGAC